AUGCCGCCACCGACCAGUAAGCCGGGCUACCCCUAUCGCGUGCGGGAGGCAGACGAUCGCAGAUCUGAAACGAUCUAUCUGGACGAAGAGGAGAACGCGUUAUUCGCAGAUGUCAAAGGCGAUACCACAGAUGAUCGACCAUCGCCGAAAAGGUCAAUCAUCGAUGGCCAGGACUCGCACGCCGCCCAAAAGAGGCGCAGACCAGAACAAGCCAACGCCGUCACCUCCAACGCCAAUGGCGCUCUGUCGUCCGCAUUGCGGCAGCCGCUUCCAGGGUCGAGCGGCUCGAUAUCACGCCCGCAAGUUCCGUUACGCUCGUCUCAGGCAGCGUCUUCGCAAGACGACUCCUCAUACGGCAAGUAUAGUACGGAGGAGCUUCAAAUCGACUAUUUUGCGAAAAUGAAGAUGCUGCAGGGUAGAGCAGCGCAGGUUCAGCCGCAGCAGCUUGAAUGGCAAGGCAUCGACGCUUGGAAGCAGUUCUACGACCUUUGGGAACGCGCAGUUGAAAUGUUGGAAAAGUUGAAGCCUGUCGCGUUAGCUCUCGAAGCGAGAGAAGCCGGCAUCAUGCCGCCCAGCCAGUCUCAGGCCUCAGCAUCCGCCUCCAACCAUGCCAGAGCCAUCCCCUCGACAAGAGCGUCGCCAACAAGACAGACCGCUGGUGAGCCUUCACACGACCUGGCAGCCCGCACGACUUCCAGUUCCUUUCAGGUCGUGGGCGACAACCUCGUUGCAGCCUCAACGAAGCCAACCGCACGUCCUCCAACAACGCCUUGCGAGCAAGUUCCAACAUCAACCCGCAUUGACGCCAUGUCUCCUCCACAUAUGGCUCAGAAUGCGAGUCACUUUCUGCACCCUGGUGGCGCCUUCGCGACGAAUGAUGAUGACCGGAGCUGGCCUUCGGACUUGGGCGACAGCUCACCGCCCCAUCCUGAACUUGACCACGCGGCGUCUCUGGCCGAGAGCGUCGUCGUCGUCGUCGACGAUCGUGAACCGAUCGCACCACACGAUGCUUUCGUGGGCAGGACCAGUCAAGUUGCUCCUCAUGCGCAGAUAUUCGAGCUCAGCGACGAGGAGGGAGACGAUGACCUGGAUGACGUCGAACAUCUACCGGUCGAGGAGAAGUUCAAGCUUUGCGGCCCAUCCAUGCAGAAGCCCCUUUCCAAAGAUCAGGAGCGCAUGCUACCCAAAUACCCAUGGAGCCGCAACGUCAGCUACUCGCUCAGGAAGUUCUUCGGCUUAACGCGCUUCCGACCGAACCAGCUCGAAGCAAUCAACGGCGCGCUCCGCGGACGUGAUGUCUUUGUGCUCAUGCCGACCGGAGGCGGCAAGUCGUUGUGCUACCAGCUACCCGCCGUCAUCGACACGGAAAGAGCCACCGGUGUCACCAUCGUGAUUUCGCCUCUCCUCUCCCUCAUCGAGGAUCAGGUGUCGGAUCUUGUUGACAAGAACCUGCCCGCCGUUAAGCUCACCGGUGACAUGCCCCUCAGCGACCGCCGAAUUGCCUUUGACACAGCUAGGGAUACCAAGGGGCUCCUGAGGCUGCUCUACGUGACCCCGGAAUUCAUUCGCCAAUCCGACAAAGCGAUGGAGCUUCUGGACCAUCUCCAUUCGCAAAAGCGAUUGGCCCGCUUUGUGGUCGACGAAGCGCAUUGCGUAAGUCAGUGGGGUCACGACUUUCGACCGCACUACACCGAGCUCGGCGUCCUGCGAGACAAGUAUCCGCAGGUGCCCAUCAUGGCGCUCACCGCCACCGCCAACGCUCGCGUCAUCAAGGACGUCAAGUCUUGUCUCAAGAUGCGCAACGUUCUGCAGCUCUCGUCGAGCUUCAACCGCCCCAAUCUCGAAUACCAAGUGCGUAAGAAGCCGAAGAGCAAGCUGAUCGACGAGAUCUCAAGCUUCAUCCUUACCUCGCACAGGGAUGAGUGCGGCAUCGUCUACUGCUUCAGUCGCGAGACCUGCGAGAAUGUCGCCGCGGAUCUGCUAAAGCAAGGCAUCUCGGCGCACCACUACCACGCCAGGCUACACAAGGACGACCGUUCAAUCGUCCAGCAGAAGUGGAAGAAUGGCGAGUACAAAGUGAUCGUGGCCACCAUCGCCUUUGGCAUGGGCAUAGAUAAGCCGGACGUCCGGUUCGUCAUCCACCAUUCGCUGCCGAAAUCGCUCGAAGGCUAUUAUCAGGAGACGGGUCGCGCCGGACGCGAUGGGCUCGACUCGGUCUGCAUCCUGUACUACUCCUGGGCCGAUGUCCGUAAGAUGGAGAACAUGAUGGCCAGCGAGGAGAAAUCUCAAGAAGCCAUCGAUCGCAGUAUCGACUCUCUGAAAGAGAUGCAACGAUUCUGCGAGAACGAGAUCGAAUGCAGGCGAGUGCAGGUAUUGCGAUACUUUGGCGAGGUUGACUUCACUCCGGCUCAAUGUCGUAGCACGUGCGACAACUGCUGCCGCCAAUCUGGCUCUAUCAGCGUCGAAGACGUCUCGCAGCUUGCCAUCAAGGCGGUCAAGCUCGUCAAGGCCAUCGAGAUUGGCGAAGGCAGAUGGACGCUUCCGCACUGCGUCGACGUCUUCUACGGCAGUCGUACCAAGAAGAUCCGCGAUGCAGGUCACGACAAGCUCGAGAUGCACGGUGCCGGCUCGGAGCUGACGAAACCCGACAUCCACAGACUGUUCGAGCAUCUCUGCUCUGACCGAGUCUUCAAAAUGAAAGACGUGAUGAACAAAGCUGGCUUCAAUACUGCGUACCUGAUGAUCGGUCCUGCAGCCAACGACGUGUUGAAUGGGCAGCGAGCCGUCACCAUGCAAUUCGUUGCAAAGUCGUCGACGGCAGCGUCGUCGUCAACCAAUGCGCGCGCACCGAACGCUCGCAAGCAGCCGAGGCAAGCCAGAGACGCCGAUUUUGCCGAAUACGACGAAGACGCGCACGACAUCUCGCACGUCAGCUUGAGUCCGCAGGAGGCUCGAGGCAAUCGACGUGCAGAAACACGGCGAGAACAGGCAGCGCCACCCCACCAUGGCGGCAUACAGGACGAUCAGUUCAUUCCAGACGAGUUCUUUGAGGAGGAUUUCGAUCUCGACGCCGACACGGAUGACGACGCUCCUCUGAGUGCAGCGAAUGGGCGAGCGAGCAGCGGCUACAGAAGCGAUGAUGGCUUCGAGAUCGAUCCUCGCUCCACCGACGCCAAUCAAGGGUGCUACCGGGAGCUUAGGAGGCUCAACGCCAAGCUGGCACGGCAGGAGAAGCAAUCACGAGGCUGGCUGAUCCCCGACGAAAAGCUGCAAGAGAUCUCCGUCAUUGCGCCGUCGAGUGCUGCGGCCUUGAGGAACGGUUCAGGAGGAGGCGACUACGACGUCUGGCUGAAGAAGUACGGGUUGCGCUACGUCGAGGUUUGCCAGAAGUACCUGAGGCAGCAACAGGCUGAGUUCCAGCCGGAUCACAUUGCAGCGACGAGAGGGCCAGGGUGGAGGGGUUUUGUAGAGAACGGCUCUAGCUCACGUCUGGACGCAGCGCAAGUCCCGUCGCCUGCAACAUCGGAGCGCGCACAAUCGAGACAGGAACGCACAGCAGCUCCUCGAAAGAGCGCGGUCAUCGCGGCGGCGAAUCUGGGUCAAUACACGUACGAGGAGCCGCAACAAACACGGUCGCCCGCGAGCGCACGGGGCCGUGCUUCACCGGCGUCGUCCAGGACAGCUGGAGGCACUGGUCGGGUUGGACGUGUGUCGCCCAAAGGCAAUGGAGCGGCGACGACGGCAGCAGCAGCAACAGCGUCCGUGUCGAAGAGGAUCACGUUGGAUCGCGGAUUCCUUCGGGAGACCAAUGCAGCGCCGGCGAUCAGGGCGAUGCCAUUGGCGCCGGCGUCGAGGGUAGCGAACAAGUCAAGGCCCGGGUGA